AUGUUCGUAGCACCUGCUCUCAUAGUCCAACAAAGGUCGGAAAAUUCUGAGGAAGACAGCGACGAGGAAGGGACAGGCGAUGUCCUCCAGAAACGACGAGAAGAAUGCGAAAGAAAGGCGAGACGAGGGGAAAUGGACCCCCGAUUAGAAUUCGCUUUCCAGCUCUUAAUGGACGCGACACAGUUGUCACGUCACGAGGUCAUGGAUCAUGUUUUCGAGGGGGAUAUGCUCGACGAAAUCAAUCAGCUGUUCCUACCCCACAUGAGGUCAACCCUGGUUUGGUACUACCAAGAGGUGGAAGAGUCAGAAACCGUACGGCCACCAGAAACGACACAAACGAAAACGCCAAGUGCCAGACCGGUACCAAACGCGUCAGCGCCGAAAGCUAAGGAGCAGAAAGAGGCGAAAGAACCAGCGAAAAAGAAGCUCUUUUUGAGCGAUGGAUGGCAAGCUCCGUGCACUGGAAUAUGCAUUUACAUGUUCAGGAUCAGCAUCUCGAAGCAGUUGCCCGAAGAAGGGUUUCAGAAGGAUCUGUACACCGGCGUGAUAGACACGAAGAAGGUGGGUAUAAUAACAACUAUACAACGGGUGGUCGAGUAUGUUUUCAUGGACGCACUCGCGCAUCCUGGCACGGAAGGAGAAGACGACUGUCCGAUGAUCAAGAGUCUUUUAUUGCCUGGCUUGAGAUCCUUCUGCAGCGCUUUGAAAGUCUGCGAACAGAUAGCCGACGAUGGGCGCAUAUUCGACGACGACGAGACGUUGAUGGGAGAGGUGCACAAUUUUGAGGAGGCAAAGGCAUUCGUGGCGAAGGAGAACGCGGUGAAUAUCACGGAGAGGAGGGUCGAAACGUGGAUUAAAAAGUUGAAGGACUUCAUGGUAGAGAGCAAGCAAGUGAAAAGGGAGAACGACAAUUCUGGACCGCAACAGGAACUGGAGUAUUGGAAACGAAGGGGGGCGCAGUUUAGCCAACUAGUCAAUAAACUUCAGGAUCACGAGAUACGAAUGUCGCUGUUGUGUCUGCAAGUCGCGCGGUCGAAGUUGAUAAAGCAGUGGGUAGACACCGAGGACGAAGUUACGUACUGUUACAACGAAGCCAAGGACAACGCGAAGUUCAUCCAGGCGUUAGAGAAAUGCUGUCAUUGUCUGUACUUGGACGACCCGGUGAAAAUGAGGGACUCGCUUGUGUCGUUAUUGCAAACGGUUCGACUGAUAUACAGCGUCUCGAGAUAUUACAACACAUCGGAGCGAACCAGUUCGUUGAUGAUAAAAAUUACGAACCAAAUGAUCGUCGCGUGCAGAGACUACGUGACAAACAGAGGCCGUGAAACUGUCUGGGGCCAGGAUCGAGCGGCGGCUCGAUCGAAACUGAAACAUUGUUUAAGGCUGAACAAGGCUUACAGAGAAACCUACAGACUGGUUCGAUGUUCGCCAGCUGUGACGGAACAAGAGUUCUCGUUCUCGGAGACCCACGUGUUUGGAAGGUUCGAUUCCUUCUGCGACCGUAUAAGAAAGAUUCUAACGAUGUUCGAGCUGAUACAAGAUUACAAGAACCUUUUCGAAAGACGAAUGGAAGGGCUAUUGCUGGGAGAAGCGUUGGACGAUGCGAUAAAAACAUUCGAGGAAGCCGAGAAUAUCGCGACUACCAGAUCUUACGACUAUUUGAACCCAAGAAACGCUGACUUCGACACCGAUUACGAUUACUUUAUGUCGAAGACCGAGGCUCUGAAGCAGAACAUCGGCGGCAUCAUCGAGAAAAAUUAUGCCGACGUCUGGGAGACGCCUCAGGGUAUACGAUUUUUAACUCGAUUUGAAAAAGUUAGCGAAAAGAUACCGUUAACGAAGCUGGAUGAAAAAUACAACAUAGUGGUGAAAUACUGCGACAGAGAAAUAGACAGAAUACUGAAAUUGUUUAAAAGGCAAAGGGACGAUCCACCGUUGCCCAGACACAUGCCAGCCAUCGCUGGGAGAUUGACCUGGUCCAAUUCGUUGAAAGUACACCUUGACGAGCUGGCUACAUCGGUUUCCAAUCACCCAGUGCUGAAGACGCUACCCUUAACUGCAGAAUUGGAGAAAAGAUACAACCAUGCUCUCAGCAUUCUAAACCAAUACAAAUCGGAUAUCGCCGAAGUCUGGACUCAUCAAAAUUCCUGGAUCAUCGAAGACUGUUUGAAACGAUCGCUGCUGGUGAUAGACGAAAGGACGGACAAAAUUAAAGUGAACCUGGAAAGACGCGUUGUUCUUCUGCUUCGCGAGGCUGACUGCUUGGCCAAGCUGAAUCUGGAGAUUCCGAUCGUCGCGUUAACGAUUUUGGCAAAGAAAGAUCAUUUCACCUUGAUCACGGACUCUCUUCAGCUGAUGGUCGAGAACUUCGUUUACACGUCAAGACGCGUGAAACUUGAGGUCAGGCCGCUCCUGUUGCCGCACUUGGUUCGCGUUGCAUCAUUGUUGGAGCCUGGCUUGGUCUCUCUGACCUGGACCAAUCCAGAAUGGAAGAACUUUUAUCAAAAUACUAAGGAGCAGAUCAAAGAAUUUGACAUUCUGAUCACGAGAGUUCACGAUGUGUAUGAUAAUAGGAUCCUUCAAGUACUGACAAGCAUGCAAAAGAUCACCUUACAUUCUCUACCAGAAUCUGAUCAGCCUUGGACGAUAGAGGAAUUCGUGGAGAAGACCGAGGAAAUAUGCAGACUCACAGCGGUAGAUUUAUAUCGUAAAAGUAUGAUGGUGGAAGAGGCGGUGGAAGAAGUACUGGAUCUUGUUAAGAACGCGGCGGAGAACUUCAAAAGCGCCGCUAAUUCCAGUCAAUUCGAUUUUUUCAAUAACGAAGACACUGACGAAGAUGCGGACCAAGCAGCGCAACAAGACUGGUCGUCGGUGUGGAAUUUGUUCGACGAUCCCCAUCAACUGCUGGCGACACCAGGCAGUUUGCCGAAUGGAAUGCAGGACAUGGUGCGAAACGCAGUCUCCGAGAUGCGAAGAUAUUACUCUAGAAAGGUCGUCGAUGUUCUUAUAAAGGUCACCAGAACCUCGUUGGACGUCAUUAAAAAACGAUUCGUUCGGGAAAUCAAUCCAGAGGAAACCCCGAGCCCAAUAUUUCUGCUACAUGCAACCUUGAUGAUACCAGUAGUGACCGUGAAGCCUAGCUUGGACGAUGUUCAGGAAGUUCUGACAUUGGUUGGAAAAAUAAUCGCUGGAGUCGCGAGAGGUGUCUCGCAAUGGAAUUCCAGAGUCAACAAGAAUUCUUGGGGGAACGCUUAUCCAAGGAGAAGUUUCGCGGACAUCGUCAUGCGAGCUCAAGUGCAAGCCGCGAAGAAGAAGCAAGAGGAACCGGAGGAUCCAAAAAUUAGGAGGCGACGACUGUACAAAAUUAUCUCCGAGGAAAGACCAAUUUUCCCAGAUCAGGAGAGGAAUUUUCAUGCCAUGGUGAUGGACAACAAGGAAGUGAUGAAACUGUUGACCAUAUUGAACACUUGUAUGUUGGAAUUCAAACCAGAUCUAGCGGAAUUUAUCGAUCGAUGGAAACCCUACAAAUUUCUAUGGAAGAACGAACGUAGUAUGCGGGAGUUGCUACAAAUCUCCCUACCGGAAUUUGAAACCACUCUUCGAAAACACAGCGAACUCGAAGAUCUUUUAGCCACCGAGCCCGAUAUGAUCAUCUUCGGAACGUCCAUCGCGAUUUCGACGGACAAACUAAAAUACGGACUGUACACGGAAAUUAAAGCGUGCAGCCACAAAAUUGGCCAAGCCAUGAAGAAGAAAUAUCGACGCGAGAUGGAGUACGUUUACGCGUUAAUGAGCGAAAUGGAACGAAAACUGGAUCGUCAGAUUCGUGAUCUCGACGAUGUGCGUCUGAUCAUGGACACCCUGAAGAAGAUCCGUGAACAGGAGGUGGACAUGGAGCUGAAGAUCGAUCCGAUCGAAGAGGCUUUCAACAUCGUCACGAGAUACGAAGUACCGGUGGAUCAAGAAUGCCUGGAACAAGUCGACAAUUUGAGAUACACCUGGCAGCGAUUGAUCAAACGAGCAUUGGAGAGCCACGUGUUGCUGUUGAAUCUGCAACCGCAGUUCGAGGAAGACCUCAGAAACAAUCUCGAGAAGUUCCGAAUCGACAACGAAAUGUACUGCGAGGAGUACAGAUCGUCGGGACCGAUGCAACCGGGUCUGAGCCCGAGGGAGGCUUCCGACAGGCAGAUUUUGUUUCAGAAUAGAUUCGACGGCAUGUGGAGGAAGCUACAGACCUAUCAAAGCGGCGAGGAACUUUUCGGUUUGCCUAUCACGGAUUAUCCUGAACUGUCGCAGAUCAGGAAAGAGUUGAAUCUGCUUCAGAAAUUGUACAAGCUGUACAACGACGUCAUUGACAGAGUCAAUAGCUACUAUGACAUCCCUUGGGGCGAGGUGAAUAUCGAGGACAUAAACAACGAACUGAUGGAGUUCCAAAACCGGUGCCGCAAGCUGCCAAAGGGCCUGAAAGAGUGGCCAGCGUUCUUUGCCCUUAAGAAGACGAUCGACGACUUUAACGACAUGUGCCCCCUGCUAGAACUAAUGGCCAACAAAGCAAUGAAGCCGCGCCACUGGCACAGGAUCGUGGAAGUGACAGGCUACUCGUUCGAUCUGGAGAGCGAGGGAUUCUGUUUGAAGAACAUCCUCGAGGCGCCUUUGUUAAAAUACAAAGAGGACAUCGAGGACAUCUGCAUUUCAGCCAUGAAGGAAAAGGACAUCGAGGCUAAAUUGAGGACGGUGGUGAACGAGUGGUCGUCGCACGAGCUGACGUUCAUGACGUUCAACAACAGAGGUGAACUGUUGCUGAGAGGUGACACCACCGCUGAGACGAUCGGCCAGCUCGAGGACAGUUUGAUGAUCCUUGGCUCGCUGAUGUCCAAUCGAUACAACGCGCCGUUUCGCAAGCAGAUACAGCAGUGGCUCACGGAUCUGUCGAACACCAACGAGGUCUUAGAGAGAUGGCUACUGGUGCAGAACAUGUGGGUUUAUCUCGAGGCGGUGUUCGUCGGCGGUGACAUAGCGAAACAGCUGCCGAAAGAGGCGAAGAGGUUCAGCAAGAUCGACAAAAGCUGGCAGAAGAUCAUGCAAAGGGCGCACGAGACUCCUGGCGUGGUACCUUGCUGCGUGGGGGACGAUUUGCUCAAACAACUUCUACCACAUCUCCAAGAACAGCUGGAAUUAUGCCAAAAGUCUCUCAGCGGAUAUUUGGAAAAGAAGCGUAUGAUGUUUCCAAGAUUCUUCUUCGUCUCGGAUCCCGCUUUGUUGGAAAUACUUGGCCAAGCAUCCGACUCUCACACGAUACAAAAUCAUUUGCUUUCCAUUUUUGACAACACGCGUUACGUUAAGUUUCACGAUAUCGAAUAUAACAAGAUGACCGCGAUCGUGUCAUCCGAGGGUGAAACCAUUUUGCUUGAGAAGGCCGUAAGGGCAGAAGGAUCCGUGGAAGCAUGGUUAACGCAACUUUUGCAAACGUCCCAGCAAUCUUUGCAUUCGAUAAUCCGACAGUGUUAUUCGAUGAUCAACGACGCGAACUUUAAUUUCCUCGGUUUUCUGGACAAGAUGCCCGCCCAGAUUGGUCUGCUCGGAAUACAAAUGAUCUGGACCAGAGACAGCGAGCUGGCGUUGGCUCAGGCCCGUGCCGAUAAAAAAAUUAUGACGGAAACGAACAACAAGUUUCUCGAUCUGCUGAACACGUUGAUCGAUCAGACGACCAGGGACCUCGUAAAAAUCGACAGAACGAAAUUUGAAACCUUGAUCACUAUACACGUGCAUCAACGCGACAUCUUCGAUGUACUGUGCCGUUUAAACGUACGAUCGGUGAACGAUUUCGAGUGGCUGAAACAAUGCAGAUUCUACUUCAAGGAAGAUCUCGACAAAACAUCUAUAUGCAUAACGGACGUAAAUUUCACGUACCAAAAUGAGUAUCUAGGUUGCACGGAUCGGCUCGUUAUUACUCCAUUGACCGACAGAUGCUACAUAACACUCGCGCAAGCAUUGUCGAUGUCUAUGGGUGGUUCGCCGUGUGGACCAGCUGGCACUGGGAAAACGGAAACGGUCAAAGACAUGGGGAAAACCUUGGCCAAAUACGUGGUGGUAUUCAACUGUUCCGACCAAAUGGAUUACAGAGGAUUGGGGCGAAUUUACAAGGGCCUGGCGCAAAGCGGUUCUUGGGGCUGCUUCGACGAAUUCAAUAGAAUCGAACUACCGGUGUUGUCUGUUGCUGCUCAGCAAGUCGCCGUUGUUCUUUCCGCGAAGAAGGAGAAAAAGAAACAAUUCGUUUUCACCGACGGUGAUCUGAUAGACAUGUGUCCCGAGCUUGGAAUAUUCAUAACUAUGAAUCCUGGAUACGCCGGCAGGAAAGAGCUACCAGAGAAUUUGAAAAUACAAUUUCGCACCGUCGCCAUGAUGGUUCCCGAUAGACAGAUCAUUAUUCGAGUGAAAUUAGCUAGCUGCGGUUUUCUGGAAAACAUCACUCUCGCCCGGAAAUUUUACACGCUGUACAAACUCUGCGAAGAACAACUUACAAAACAGGUUCAUUACGACUUUGGUCUGAGAAACAUACUGUCCGUGUUAAGAACACUCGGAGCAUCGAAGAGGGUGAACUCGAAAGAUUCUGAAAGCACGAUCGUCAUGCGCGUCUUGAGAGACAUGAAUCUUUCAAAACUCAUUGACGAGGACGAGCCACUCUUCAUCUCUUUGGUGGCGGAUUUGUUCCCGAAUCAAGCUCUCGAGAAGACUUCUUACCCGGAAUUGGAAGCUGCUAUCAAUGAACAAGUGGAAGAGGCAGGAUUGAUCUAUCAUCCGCCAUGGGUGUUGAAAUUGAUACAAUUGUACGAGACGCAGAGAGUGAGACACGGAAUAAUGACACUGGGCCCAACUGGCGCUGGAAAAACAACGUGCAUACACACGUUGAUGAAAGCUUUGACACAGUGCGGUGACUUCCAUAGGGAAAUGAGAAUGAAUCCAAAGAGCAUAACGGCUGCUCAAAUGUUUGGUCGACUGGACGUGGCAACCAACGACUGGACGGAUGGAAUAUUCUCAGCCUUAUGGCGUAAAACCUUGAAAUUGAAAGACGGUGAACACGUGUGGAUGGUACUCGAUGGACCCGUGGAUAGCAUUUGGAUCGAAAAUUUGAAUUCCGUGUUGGACGACAAUAAAACGCUAACCCUGGCGAAUGGCGAUCGUUUAUCGAUGGCUCCUACGUGUAAGAUCAUCUUUGAGCCCCAUAAUAUCGACAACGCGAGUCCUGCGACAGUGUCUCGUAACGGAAUGGUGUAUAUGAGUUCGUCGGGUCUAGAUUGGAAUCCUGUGGUGACUGCUUGGUUGAAAUCUCGGACACUUUUGGAACAAGAAGUGUUCGAACAGUGUUUCUCCGAUUCUUUCGCGCAGAUUUACUCGUGGGGUACUCAAGCGCUAACCUUAACCAUCGACGUCCUGCAAUGCAAUAUAGUACGACAGAUGUUGUGUCUCCUCGAAGGAUUGGUUCCACCCGAAACGUCCAUCGAGGAAGAGGAGGACGAAGAAUCGGAAGAACAGAAACGCCAACCGAUGACGACGGAUCACCUGAAACGUCUUUACGUCUUCGCUUUGAUAUGGGGUAUUGGAGCACUGCUUGAAACUCCCGACAGAGAGAAAUACAACUCGUAUCUCCGCGAAAACUUUCAAGGUUUAGAUUUGCCAACAACUGAGAAGUGGCCCGAAGCGAAGGUGUUCGAUUUUUACGUAACCGAAAAGGGUAAAUGGGACACGUGGGCGAGCAUAGUGACCAACUACGUUUACCCGGAAUACUCGACACCGGACUACAGCAGCGUGUUGGUCCCUAUUCCUGACAACGUGAGGAUACAGUAUUUGAUCAAUUUGAUCGGCCAACAAGACAAAGCCGUCUUACUGAUAGGGGAACAAGGCUCCGCUAAGACAGUUAUGAUGAAGUCGUACAUGAAAAAAGCGAAUCCGGAAAUCACGUUGAGUCGUUCGUUCAAUUUCAGCUCGGCCACGAGCCCGUACCAAUUUCAGAAAACCAUCGAAAGCUAUGUAGAGAAACGUCUAGGGAGCACGUUCGGGCCGCCCGGUGGCAGGAAAAUGAUGGUAUUCAUCGACGACGUUAACUUGCCGCAGAUAAACGAAUGGGGCGAUCAAGUCACCAACGAAAUAGUCCGCCAGACAAUGGACAUGAAGGGAUUUUAUUCUCUGGAGAAACCCGGGGACUUCACCAGCAUCGUCGACGUUACGUUCCUCGCCGCGAUGUGCCAACCCGGCGGAGGCAGGAACGAUAUCCCGUCGAGACUGAAAAGGCAAUUUUCCAUCUUUAAUUGCACGUUGCCUGACGAGUCGUCGAUCGAUCGUAUUUUCAGCGCGCUCGGCGAGGGACACUACAACGUGAAAAGGGGAUUCUCGGCGGAAAUUAGGAAUCUCGUGAAGAAAAUGGUUCCUCUGACGAGGAUACUUUGGGAGAGGACUAGAACCAAUUUGCUACCAACACCAGCCAAGUUUCAUUACAUUUUCAGCCUUCGGGACCUGUCGAGAAUUUGGCAAGGCCUGGUUGGCACACUGUCGACCGUCAUCGAUCAAGAAAGCGUCUUGAUGUCACUGUGGAAACACGAGUGCAGCCGCGUUUUCAGCGACAGAUUCACCAUACAAUCCGACAAACGUUGGUUCGAGGAAGAAAUAGUACGUGUGACCAGAGAUAUGCUGGGAGAAAAGUACGUGUCUAUGCUGGAUCAGGAUCCUGCGUUCGUGGACUUUAUGAGAGACGCUCCUGAACCUACUGGCGAAGAGGGCGAGGACGCCGAUGUGGAAUUACCGAAAGUAUACGAACCGGUUUACGACGACCAAAUCCUCAGAGACAGGCUGGAAAUGUUUCUAUCGCAAUUCAACGAGAUGCAAAGGGGCUCUGGCAUGGACUUGGUCUUCUUUCCCGACGCCAUGCUGCACUUGGUCAAAAUAUCUAGAGUCAUCAGACACCCUAAAGGAAACGUGAUGCUCGUGGGUGUCGGUGGAUCUGGUAAACAGAGUCUCACGAAGCUGUCCUCGUUCAUCGCGGGUUAUAAAACGUUUCAAAUCACAUUGACCAGAUCUUACAACGUGGCAAACUUCCUGGAAGAUCUUAGAUAUCUUUAUCGAGCGUGCGGAGCCCAGGGCAAAGGGACCACGUUCAUCUUCACGGAUCUGGAUAUCAAGGAAGAAGGUUUCUUGGAAUACCUGAAUAACAUUCUCAGUUCCGGUGUGAUCAGCAAUUUGUUCACCCGGGACGAACAACAAGAGAUCAUUUCCGAAUUGACGCCGAUUUUGAGACGCGAGAACCCAAAACGAUCGAUCAAUAACGAGCUAGUGAUGGAUUUCUUUCUACAAAGAACUUGUCAGAACCUCCACGUGGUGUUCUGUUUCUCUCCCGUGGGGGAGAAGUUCAGGAACCGUGCUCAGCGUUUCCCGGCCCUCAUAUCCGGCUGCACCAUCGAUUGGUUCCAACCGUGGCCCAAAGACGCUUUGGUAUUGGUAGCUAAACACUUCCUGCACGACUUCGAUAUCGCUUGCACCAGCGAGGUAAAAGCUGAACUGGUCAACGCGCUAGGAUCCAUACAGGAUAUAGUUUCCGUCACGUCCACGGAAUAUUUCCAACGGUUCCGUCGUGCUACUCACGUCACGCCAAAAUCGUACUUGAAUUUCAUCAGUGGGUACAAGAACAUUUACCAGAACAAGCAGCACGAACUCGGCGAGGGGGCCAAGAGAAUGGACACGGGCUUGGCGAAACUAGAAGAAGCUUCGAUAUCGGUCGAGAUCUUGAAAAGGGACCUAGCCGUGAUGGAGACAGAGCUAGUCCAGGCUUCCGAGAAGGCGGAAACCGUUCUCCUGGAAGUCACGGAAAGAGCAAUGCAGGCGGAAGCGUUCAAAAAUCAAGUACAAAAGGUAAAAGAGAAAGCCGAACAAUUGGUGGCUUGCAUAGCAGACGAGAAAGCACUGGCGGAACAAAAACUGGAAGCCGCUAAACCAGCUUUGGAAGAGGCAGAGGCUGCUUUGAACACGAUUAAACCGGCUCAUAUAGCUACCGUUAGAAAGCUGGGCAGACCACCGCACCUCAUUAUGAGGAUAAUGGAUUGUGUGUUGAUUUUGUUUCAACGUAAAAUCGGAUCGAUCGUUCCAGACACCACUGCGCCCUGUCCGAAGCCUUCCUGGUCGGAAUCGUUAAAGCUAAUGGCCAGUACCACGUUCCUUCUCCAAUUGCAAAAUUAUCCGAAGGACAUAAUAAACAACGAGAUGGUCGAGCUGCUGCAGCCUUAUUUCAAAAUGGAAGACUACAACAUGGAGACCGCCAGACGGGUUUGCGGCGACGUAGCAGGUUUGCUGUCCUGGACGAAGGCUAUGGCUUUCUUCCAUUCCGUCAAUAAAGAAGUUCUGCCGCUGAAAGCUAACUUGGCACUACAGGAGGCUAGACUGAAGGUGGCGAUGGAAGAUCUAGCGAACGCCGAAAGAGAAUUGUCGGAAAGGGAAAUGGCUCUGCAAGCGGUCAAAGAGCAGUACGAUUCGGCAGUGUCCGAGAAACAGAGGCUGACAGACGCUGCGAACGUGUGCUUUAGGAAAAUGACAGCUGCGACCGCGCUGAUCAAUGGACUGGGUGGCGAAAAGAUUCGCUGGACCGAACAGAGUAGCGAAUUUAAAGUUCAACUCGGAAGGCUGGUCGGCGACGUUCUGCUAGCUACAGGUUUCUUGUCGUAUUGCGGGCCCUACAACCAACAGUACAGAGCCAGUUUGGUGUCGGCUUGGAUGACCAUUUUAGCGACCAAAUCCAUUCCUUUCACCGCGAACCUGAACAUCACGAGCAUGCUCGUCGACAGCGCGACGAUGUCGGAGUGGACGCUUCAAGGUUUACCAAACGACGAGCUGUCCGUGCAGAAUGCACUGAUCGUAACCAAAUCCUCGUCGUAUCCUCUGUUGGUAGACCCCCAAAACCAGGGAAAAAUGUGGAUCAAGAACAAGGAAUGCAUGAACGAGCUGCAGAUUACGUCUCUCAAUCACAAGUACUUCAGAACCCACCUCGAAGAUAGUCUCUCUUUAGGUAGACCGUUGUUGAUCGAAGACAUAGCAGAAGAGCUGGAUCCAGUCCUCGAUAACGUUCUCGAGAAAAAUUUCAUCAAGUCCGGUUCCAUCGAGAAAGUGAUUGUCGGCGAUAAGGAAUGUGACGUGAUGCCGGGUUUCAUGCUGUACAUCACUACGAAAUUGCCGAACCCAGCGUACAGCCCAGAAAUAUCAGCGAAAACGUCGAUAAUCGACUUCACCGUCACUAUGUUGGGCUUGGAAGAUCAGCUGCUGGGUAGAGUGAUCCUCAUGGAGAAGGCAGACUUGGAAGCCGAGAGGGUGGCUCUCUUCGAAUCCGUAAUGACCAAUCAACGAUCGAUGAAAGAACUCGAGAGUACGCUUCUACAUCGACUCACGUCUUCCGAAGGUUCCUUGGUGGACGACGAAGCGCUCAUAAACGUGCUCAGAGAGACGAAAACAACGGCAGAGUCCGUAAACGAGAAACUGAAAGUGUCUGCCUUGACGGAGAAGAAGAUCACCCUGGCCAGAGAGGAGUUUCGCGCGGUUGCUUCGAGGGGCUCCAUCUUGUAUUUCCUGAUCGUAGAAAUGAGCAACGUGAACGUGAUGUACCAGAACUCGUUGAGGCAGUUCCUCACCAUAUUCGACAACUCGAUCACGAAAUCCGUGAAAAACCCUAUCACCAACGAACGAAUAAACAUAAUCCUUCGACAUCUCACCUACGAAGUGUGGGCGUUCACUUUGAGAAGCUUAUACGAACGACACAAGUCGUUGUUCACGCUGAUGUUGGCGAUGAAGAUAGACUGCCAUCGCGGGGCGAUUUCUCACGCGGAAUUCAACGCGUUCAUAAAAGGAGGCGCGUCGUUGGAUUUGAACGCCGUCGCCUCGAAACCGUUUAGAUGGAUCCUCGACAUAACUUGGCUGAACUUGGUCGAGAUCAGCAAGCUGGAGGUUUUCUCGGACAUUCUGGCGAAAAUUGAAUUCAGCGAAAAGGAGUGGCAAGCGUGGUACGAGAAGGACAGGCCCGAGGAGGAGGAGCUUCCCUGCGGGUAUCAAAAGAAAUUGGACGUGUUCAGAAAGUUGCUUUUGAUAAGAUCGUGGAGCCCGGACAGGACUUUGUCCCAGGCGAGAAGAUACGUGAUCGGAUCGUUGGGAAAGGAGUACGGGGAAGCGAAAAUUUUGGAUUUAGAGGCCACUUGGUUGGAGUCUGAAGUCAGGACCCCGCUGAUAUGCAUAUUAUCGAUUGGAUCAGAUCCCAGCCCGCAGAUAACGGCACUGGCGAAGCAAAAAUCUAUACAGUUGAGGUCGGUAUCGAUGGGUCAGGGUCAAGAAUUUCAUGCUCGAAGGUUGAUCUCGGACGCUAUGAACGCUGGCGGUUGGGUGUUGCUACAGAAUAUACAUUUAUCGCUUCCUUUCUGUACGGAAGUUAUGGACGCCCUCGUUGAAACGGAAAAUGUUCACGAGGCGUUCAGACUUUGGAUGACCACGGAAGUGCAUACUCAGUUUCCUAUCGGUUUACUACAGAUGGCGAUCAAAUUCACAAACGAGCCGCCUCAAGGCAUCAGAGCCAGCUUGAAAAGGACGUAUCAAGGCGUGACGCAAGACUUACUGGAUUACAGUACACAAUCGCAAUGGCCUCCUUUGCUAUACGCCGUUGCGUUUCUCCAUACCGUGGUCCAAGAACGCAGAAAAUUCGGACCCCUUGGUUGGAACAUACCGUACGAGUUUAAUCAGGCCGACUAUGCCGCUUCGGUUCAAUUUAUACAAAAUCACUUGGACGACAUGGAUCCGAAAAGAGGAGUCUCGUGGCCAACUGUUUGCUACAUGCUCGGAGAGGUACAAUAUGGCGGCCGAGUCACCGACGACUUCGACAAGCGAUUGCUGACUACGUUUACACACGUCUGGUUCUGCGACGUAUUGUUGCGACCAGGUUUCGAAUUUGAUCGCGGAUACAAGGUGCCGCAAACCAGAAUUCUUCAAGGAUACUUGGAUUACAUGGACAGCCUGCCUGCCACGGACACCCCGGAAGUUUUUGGCUUGCAUUCGAACGCGGACAUCACCUAUCAAAUAAACACAGCGAAAGGAAUACUCGACACGAUCCUAAGCGUGCAACCGAAAGAGGGUGGCGCGCAGGGUGGCGAAACCCGUGAAAACGUUGUGUACAAACUAGCCAGCGAUAUGUUAGCGAAAUUGCCGAAACAGUACAACUCUUUCGAAGUGAAAGAAGCGCUGCAACGAAUGGGAGCCUUGUUGCCGAUGAACAUAUUUCUGAGACAGGAAGUCGACAGGAUCACGAGAGUCAUCAAAGAAGUUCGUACCACGUUAACGGAUUUGAAGCUAGCCAUCGAGGGUACUAUCGUGAUGAGCCAGGGAUUACGUAAAUCGCUGGACGCGAUGUACGAUGCUCGGAUACCGGAGAAAUGGCUGAAAAUAUCGUGGGAAUCGGCGACACUUGGAUUCUGGUACACGGAACUUUUAGAACGAGACCAUCAAUUCAGACAGUGGUGCACCUGUGGCCGGCCCAAAGUCUUCUGGAUGACCGGUUUCUUCAAUCCUCAGGGAUUUCUAACUGCUAUGCGACAAGAGGUGACGCGAGCCCACAAAGGAUGGGCCCUGGAUUCCGUAGUUUUGCAAAAUCUGAUCACGAGGUUCAAUAAGGAAGACAUAAAGAACCAACCCCAGGAAGGAGUAUACGUUCACGGUCUAUUCCUAGAAGGUGCUUCGCUUGAUCGUAAAACGGGCAAGUUGGUGGAAAGUAAACCGAAGGUUUUAUACGAGCAGAUGCCUGUGAUUUACAUUUACGCGAUAAACACAACUGCGGGCAAGGACCCAAAGCUCUACGAGUGUCCCAUAUAUAGAAAACCACAGAGGACGGAUAUGAAGUACGUAGGAUCGAUCGACUUCGAAACAGACCAUAAUCCACGACACUGGACGCUGCGCGGGGUAGCGCUUUUAUGCGACAUAAAAUAA